AUCGAGGAUGUAACAAAUCGUCGCUUUGGGUUUUCUUCGAUUUAUUUGUAAAAAAAAUGCUAUAUAUGUGAUGAUCUAGUUAUCUUAACUUGAUAGGCGGAAUAUUAAACAGAGUUUGGUGCAAUAGCAUUAACAUACAAAAAAAUGACUGAAGAAAUGGCAGAGUCUCAAGAAGCCGUCCAGAAUAUGCAGGCGGAGCUUCACGAGAAAGGUGCUCUGCUUAGUAAAGUCUGGUCAGACUUAUUCAGUCUUUUUACGAAGUAUCAAGCAGACCUUUUUGUGAGAGAAAACAGUAUUAGUGUAGCAGAAAAGCAGAUGGAGUUUCAGAAAGCACAAAUCAAAGAAAUGAAAGCUGAAUUCGUUGAAGGCCAGGGGAACAGUUCUGAAGAGUUGUCCAAGCUGCAGGAGGAAUUGAAUGCAAAAGAACUGGCAAUUUCAAAAUUAAGGGUAGAGUUUACAACAACUGAUAAUUUACUACAUCGGGUACAAAAUGACUUGGCGUCACAUCGGGACUUGUUAGAGGAAACACGGACAGAAAUGAUGGAAAAACAGAAUCGAUUGGUACAAAUUAAAAUGGACAAUGAAAAGUUUAAGAUGGAGUUGAAUGUGAAAGAUGAACAGAUGAGUGUCAAGGAUCGACUAUUGCGAAAAAUUCAGGAUGAAAUGCGACGUGAGAAUGAAGAAUUCAAGGACCGAGUUCGACAGUUAGAAGAGGUGCUUGAUUCAGAGAGAAGAGCACAUGCAGCUACAAGGAGACGUCUUCAAUCUAAAGCAGCAUCUGGUUCCCAGGUGAUCGAGAUUCCGGAUUCCCCUCCACCAACCCUAGACAUGUCUGUCGAGCACCAAGACUUUGCCAUUUCAAGCAUCAUGUCUUUGGCUGCUGACGGUAAAAGAAAAGACUUAUAUACAUGUACUGCUAGUUCACAACAAAAAAACGCUUCCAGGCCUUUAAAUUCGCCUUCUUUCCAACAAAGUGUUUCACAUAGCCCUCAAAAGAAGGUACCACGGACUAGCACAAUGACUUUGCAAAAUAGAAGUUCACAAAAUGAUAAUGCACAUUUGGAAUCGUGGAAAGUUCCGUUACAUUUGUUAGACCCUAACAAUCCUACCUCAUCAAACUCUGACAAUUUUCAUAUUAAUCAAAUCGAUACGAGUCAAAUGAAAAUAGGUGAUGUAGAGAUGGAACAGUCUGAUUCAAAUCUAAGCCAAGAUUCAAGUCCUGUGCCAGUAUCGGGGCCUAUUCCAUCGAGUUCCCUCGCUGACAUGCCAGCUCCAGGCAUGUCAGGCGAGCUCAAGGAGGAAGCAUCAGCAGAGUGUGAGAGAUCGUUGGACAUCCUUGACCCCGGUGACCUUCACCAGAGCGCAUACCUCGAGCCCAACUCUGUUUAUUUGCCAUUGACCACUAAGCCUGCUUUAGGCUUUGAAGAACAUCCUGGCGUCAAGUACGAAAUAUCAGACAGCGAUGCAUCACAAGGGUUUGGUUCUGCUUCAGAGGUGGGAGACAUGACUGGAAGUGCAUUUCGUGCGCCGCCACAUAAGGAAAAAUGGAUGUUCGAUUUGUACCGAGAGAUUCCACUGGAGACAAGGCUCUGCAAAUACUGUGGUAAAGUGUUCAAGACGUAUAAUGGCCUUCUGCAUCAUAUCCAAGGCCACCACAAGCCUCAUCCUAAAGGAGAAGGGUGGAGUUGCGAGUAUUGCGGGCGUUGGUUUUCCCGCCAUGAUCAUUGGGUCGAUCACGUCCGUAUCCAUACCGGUGAAACACCGUUCAUGUGCGACUUUUGUCCAAAAAAAUUCAAAAGGAAAUCACAGAAGAAUCAUCAUAUGAAAUUGUGCAAAGAUUCGCCACCUGGAUAUGAGAAGGGACAAUUCCAAGGCAGACAGAGAGCACCCAAGGCUGAUUAUUCACGCCAAUGCCCUGAGCCUGUCGAAAAGGAUGGCAAAAAAUUAAUCAUUUGCCCGCACUGCCCAAAGAAGUUCGCACGGGCGGAUCAUUGUGUUGAUCACAUCCGUUCACAUACUGGAGAGAAGCCAUUUGCAUGUGAACACUGUGGGAAGAUGUUCGCAAGGAAAAGCGCAGUGAACGACCACAUUCGUAACAUACACAUGCGCAUGCCGAGAGUUGCAUCUUUCGUUUGUAUAGAAUGUGGCGAGCUUUUCAAAUCGGACGGAUCACUGCGUGAGCACAUCCAGCAAAAACACAAAGACAACAUGUAUGCAAAGCCGUUUGUCUGCUCCAUUUGCCACGAAGAGUUCCUUCAUAAUUAUGAGCUAUCGAAACAUAGGGACACUCAUUCGGGAAUUUCGUCACAUCAGUGUCUUCGCUGCGGUGCAUCACACCUGGAUGCAAAGAGUCUGGAGAAUCAUAUUCUCUCUGAGCAUUCUGCUUCUGCAGCCAUGGAAGUGAAUGAAGAAACUAAGAAUAAUGAUGAAAUGGGCGCUCUCUAUAAUGAACAUCUUGAUACUGAUGAAGGUUCAAAUUAGUGAGGUGCAUGACAUAACUGACUGAAAUUUACUUCGUUUUAAUUGGACUAUCAAGUGUACACAUAUGUUGUGAACUUAAUUUGGCUGGUGUCGGAAAAUGGAUUGCAGGAAAAUUUGGUGUGAAAUUCGUAUAUUCAGGUGUGUGUGUCGGGGAGGGUGAUUGGUGGGGUUGGUGGAGAUGGGUUGGGAGGGGAUUGGGUACAGGUCACAAUGUGUUUUGGAAAUGUUCUGUAUUUGAUUGUUUUUGUAAAUGUAAGCUGGCUUGCAGUCGUUGCAUUUGAAUUCUGCUUUUAUUUCUUCUCUGUGAUGAGUGCUUCUUACUCUGGGUCUGUUUCAAUUUCAUCAUUCAUGGUAUCAUUAGUCUGUUUCCUAGCAAAGCUACUGAACUAAAUUUUAUUACACUGACACAAAACUUGGGUAUAAUACUGACUUGUCUCCGUCUGUCUUGCAGUGGGACGAAUCUUGCGGCCAUCUCGUUGCUAAGAAUGCGGAAGGGACCCUUGGCGACUUUGGCCAAUCAACUCUGGUUUCAUCCAAAUCUUUAGAAUGCAUGGAUUGUGGUCAGGUAUUUCCGGAAUUGGAGCAUUUGAAGGUUCAUAUGCACAGCUGCAAUUUCAGACUGAAACCAUAUGAAUGCCUUCAUUGCCAGACUCGCUUCACUCAGAAAGGCAACCUGACGCUUCACAUGAAGCGGCAUACAUCGUCCGGGUUCAAAUGUGACUUCUGCAAACGCGUCUUCUACUGCCAGAGUCAUCUCAAGGAUCAUGUGAGGAUGCACACCGGAGAGAAACCGUAUGAGUGUCCGUUUUGUUUCAAGGGGUUCAUUCAGAAAGGCACGCUUAAUCACCAUGUGCGUCGACACCAUCCAGAAAGUCAUGAACUUUCCUAGGACUCCAGUUGACGUGGGCCCUUCAGUAGCAAACUCGGGAAAAAAAGUUACGUUUUCAUUUCGAUAGGCCUACAUUGGUGAUUGGUAAUGCUGUAGUUUCUCCUUGUUAUCCAAUGGGUUUUUGCUCAUACUCAGUCAAUCAUGUCAGUGAUUCUGAUGUGCUGUACUUGAGUAUUUCUGUGGAGUCGGCAAAGUUCAGUGCUUUUGUGUUGCAGAUUUUAAGAAAUGUAUAAUGUCUGGUAUUUCAACGGUAGAGAUUUGUCUCAUUACUAUGAUCACUACUGUACGGAUAAAUAUUUGUUGAAUAUUUAAGAUGAUUUUAUGUUCUAUGUAGAGUAUUCAGAAAUAAAUCCGAACAUACAAACGUCAGAGCUUAUUUCCUUUCACGGACAUGUUGGCUCAUACUUUGAAAAGGAAGCUGCCAUCUGUCUAACACAACUGGAACUACUGAUCAUAUUUAUUCUAGGGUUAUUUGAAAGAAAAUUGGCAGAGACGUUGCUAAUUUCCAAGCAAAUGACUGCUGCAAGUGCACUGGGUCCUUUUGAACGGAUUUUAUACAGAUC